UAGUCACAGUGAAAAAAAUGGCCAAUACGGGUGUAUUACCAUUUGUACGGGGCAUAGAUUUUACGAAAAAUGACUUUAGUGAUAACAAUUUUCCCUCAGCGGUGAAAUUAAUGACCCGCGUACAAUGGCUGAAUUUGGAUAAAACAAAUUUGAAGGAAAUUCCCGAGGAAAUGGGAAAUCUCUUGAAACUAGAGCAUUUAAGUUUGAAACACAAUCAGUUGGAAAAACUAUUUGGUGAACUAACCGAGUUGACAUGUUUACGUUCCUUGAAUUUGAGAAAAAAUCAAAUCAAAAGUAGUGGCGUACCACCCGAAUUAUUUCGUUUAGACGAAUUGACUACCUUGGAUUUAUCGCACAACAAAUUGAAAGAAGUACCGGAAGGCUUAGAAAAGGCAAAAAGUUUGUUGGUAUUGAACUUAAGUCACAAUAAUAUUGAGACCAUACCAACAGCCCUGUUUAUACAUCUAACGGAUUUGUUAUUUUUGGAUUUAUCCCAUAACAAAUUGGAAACAUUGCCACCGCAGACAAGACGUUUGGCAAAUUUACAGACUUUAAUAUUGGCCGAUAACCCUUUAGAGUUAUUUCAGUUGCGCCAAUUGCCCUCUUUGCAAAAUCUGGAAGUUUUGAAUAUGCGCAACACUCAGCGUACGCUCUUAAACUUCCCCACCACUCUGGACAGUUUGUCCAACUUGACCGAAUUGGACUUAUCGCAAAAUAAACUUCCAAAGGUUCCCGAUUGUGUGUACAAUUUGCCAAAUUUGAAAAGAUUGAAUCUCAGCGACAAUGCCAUUACAGAACUAAGUUCAAGUAUAGAGUUCUGGCAACGUUUAGAGGUUCUUAAUCUGUCACGAAACGAACUUACAGUUCUACCAGCGGCACUAUGCAAAUUGGCGCAAUUAAGAAGACUCUAUUUGAAUGACAAUCGUCUGGAUUUUGAGGGCAUUCCAUCAGGGAUAGGCAAGUUGUGUUGUUUGGAGGUAUUUUCAGCAUCUAACAAUUUGUUGGAAAUGAUACCUGAGGGACUGUGCCGUUGUGGUGCAUUGAAGAGACUUAAUCUAUCGUCGAAUCGUUUGAUAACCUUACCAGACGCUAUACAUCUUUUGGAUGGUCUGGACCAGUUGGAUUUACGUAACAAUCCCGAUUUAAUUAUGCCUCCAAAGCCAACAGAGGCCACCAAAGGUUCAGGUAUUGAGUUCUAUAACAUAGAUUUCUCCUUACAAACACAACUUCGCCUGGCUGGUGCAGCGGUGCCACCGUCUGUACCUGUCACAUCCACGCCAAAAGAUUCUACUGCCCGCAAAAUUCGUCUACGACGUGGUCCACGUAAUGAUUCUGCUCAAGAUUCGGCUAAAAUACUGAAGGGUAUGAAAGAUGUCGCGAAGGAUAAAGAUGAAGCUGAAGCCAAUCGCUCCUGGUGCAACGAUUCAGAUGAGGCACGACCCGAGUCCCUUAAGCCUAAACGUUGGGAUGAAUCCUUGGAAAAACCUCAAUUGGACUAUUCGAAAUUCUUUGAAAAAGAAGAUGGUCAAUUGCCAGGUAUAACAAUAUGGGAAAUUGAAAAUUUUCUUCCAAAUAAAAUAGAAGAAGUUGCUCAUGGCAAAUUCUAUGAGGGUGAUUGUUAUAUUGUGCUGAAGACAUCUUUCGAUGACAUGGAUCAAUUGAAUUGGGAAAUAUAUUUUUGGAUCGGUAAUCAAUCGACGUUGGAUAAAAGAGCUUGUGCUGCUAUACAUGCGGUAAAUUUACGAAACUUUUUGGGUGCCCGUUGUCGCACAAUUCGUGAGGAACAGAAUGACGAAUCUGAAGAAUUUUUAAAUCUUUUCGAUACUGAGGUGACAUACAUAGAAGGUGGCCGCACAGCUACGGGUUUCUAUACAGUGGAAGACAUGUUGUAUACCAUACGUCUAUAUCGUGUACAUGCUGCAGGCGCAUCCAUACAUAUGGAACCAGUAUCUGUUGAGUUUGAGUCUUUGGAUCCACGUUAUUCGUUUGUCCUAGACUGUGGCAUUAAAAUGUAUAUUUGGUUGGGAAGAUGCUCGAAGAAUACAUUGAAUUCAAAAACACGCUUAAUGGCAGAGAAGAUCAAUAAAACUGAACGAAAGAAUAAGUGUGAAAUCAUUGUAGAAAGUCAAGGUGACGAAAGUGAAGAGUUUUGGCAACGUUUGGGCAGCAAUCCAGAAGAAGCACCCAAGCAAAAGAUUUUACAACAUGUACAAGAUAAUUUUGUGCCACCUGUUCCCAGACUGUAUCAAGUGCAAUUAGGCAUGGGCUAUUUGGAGUUGCCUCAGGUUGAAAUACCUGAACAAAAGCUGGUCAACACAUUGCUAGUCAGUAAAAAUGUUUAUAUACUAGACUGUUUUACGGAUUUAUUUGUUUGGUUUGGCAAAAAAUCAACUCGCUUAGUUAGAGCGGCUGCCAUAAAACUUUCACGUGAGCUAUUCAAUAUGAUAACACGACCCUCGUAUGCACUAGUGACACGUUUGCAAGAGGGCACCGAAACUCAAAUAUUCAAGUCGAAGUUUAUUGGUUGGGAUGAAGUGAUGGCGGUAGAUUUCACACGCACUGCCAACUCUGUGGCAAAGACGGGAGCAGAUUUAACAAAAUGGGCUAAACAACAGGAAACACGAGCUGAUUUGGCGGCUCUGUUUAUGCCACGACAAAAUCCCAUGCCGCUCAGUGAAGCCGAACAAUUGGAGGAAGAUUGGAAUUAUGAUUUGGAGGCAAUGGAAGCAUUUGUUUUAGAAGGCAAGAAGUUUGUUCGUUUGCCGGAAGAAGAAGUGGGACACUUUUAUACAGGAGAAUGUUAUGUGUUUUUGUGUCGUUACUGUAUACCGGCCGAUGAUGAUGAAGAUGGAGCUGAAUUAGAUGACAGCAAACCUCCACCGGACGAUGAAAUACAAUGCAUAGUGUACUUUUGGCAAGGUCGCAAUGCUGGCAAUAUGGGCUGGUUAACAUUUACUUUUACUUUGCAAAAGAAAUUCAAAACUAUGUUUGGUGAAGAACUGGAAGUUGUGCGCAUCCAUCAACAGCAGGAGAAUUUGAAAUUUUUGGCACAUUUUAAGCGCAAAUUUAUUAUACAUACUGGCAAACGUAAGGAUAAGUCUAAGACUCCAGAUGGUAAAGCUGCUGUAGAAUUUUUCCACUUACGUUCGAAUGGUGGUGCCUUGUGUACCAGACUUAUACAAAUCCAACCGGAUGCUUCAUAUCUCAAUUCAGCAUUUUGUUACAUUUUGUAUGUGCCAUUUGAAACUGAAGAUGAAUCCCAAUCAGGCAUUGUUUACGUUUGGCUGGGCUCAAAGAGUUGUCCAGAAGAGGCCAAAUUAAUACAAGAAAUUGCCGAAGAAAUGUUUAACAGCCCCUGGGUGAGUUUGCAAAUUCUAAAUGAAGGUGAAGAACCAGAGAACUUUUUCUGGGUGGCACUGGGUGGCCGUAAACCUUACGACACCAAUGCAGAGUACAUGAACUUUACACGUCUGUUCAGAUGUUCCAAUGAAAAAGGCUACUUUACUGUAGCCGAAAAAUGUACAGAUUUCUGUCAAGAUGAUUUGGCUGACGAUGACAUAAUGAUAUUGGACAAUGGGGAACAAGUAUUUCUUUGGUUGGGUUCACGUUGUAGUGAGGUUGAAAUAAAAUUGGCUUACAAAUCAGCACAAGUUUAUAUACAGCAUAUGCGCAUCAAGCAACCGGAACGUCCGCGCAAAUUAUUUUUAACACUUAAGAAUAAAGAAUCAAAACGUUUUACAAAAUGCUUCCACGGUUGGAGUGCACAUAAAACACCACCGGAGUAAAUGUGAUUUCCUUAUUUUUAUCUGAUCUGCCAUUUGCUGCUUGUCUUGCAAAUUUUCUAAUGCACAUGAGAUGACGUUAAGAAGAUUUUCUUAAUUUUCAUUAAGAUUUUUAUACAAUCUGCGUUAUUUUUAACAAUUUAUUUUCCUUUCUACUUAAUAUUCAUAAAGUAUUUAAUAUUAUUAUAACUAAUCUUAUAUUUUCUUUUUGUAUUUUAGCAAUUUGUUUUUUAAAACAAAAAUAUAUACUCUAUACAUGAUAUGUGUAUGAAAUAAUCAAAUA